AUGAAGAAAGUCAACUUGGCUGAGGGUGCGAAGCGGGACCCCGAACUAUACAUUCUGUUGGCAAUCAUGACCGGCGCUUUCACCCUUGUCGGCUGGCACUUUUCCCGCAACCCCACGACCUCCUCCUCGGAGAACCGCGUCGCCCAAGCACCCGACUCGGAGCCCUGGAAGACGGGCGGUAGUGCCAAGUACCAGUACCACCCGCAUGGCGACAUGAGCAGAGGGAAGAAGGACGCGCCGAGUGCGUUGAACGAGGUUAUCAUUCCCAACGUGAACUUGCCGAGGGAACUUCACGAGAAGUACAACAAGUGGGGCAAGGAGGGCUAUUAG